UCCUUCGAAGUGAAUUUUACUCCAAGGGCAUUAAAGAAAUACACAGUCAUUCGCUCCGCAUUCCCUCCGGAUUUAACCCGCGUUCACUCCGCAAAUUUUUUCAAUGUAUAGAUGGAUAUGUGUUAAAUAUCAUAAACAGAGGGUGAGGGCAGGUGACUGUAGCAGUAGACACGUACUUAAAAUAUUAUCAAGAUUGGUAAGUGUAUUUGCACAUCGGAUCUAUAAAUCUAUUGUAUUGCUCGUUUUCAGCAAGAACGUAUAUAUUUCUUAAAAUAAGGAUCUUUUUAAGUAUAAAUUUUAUCGUUUGUUUAAAAAUAUGUAUGAUGGCUUAUUUUAGGUUCUUAUUAAAUUCUUUCAAGCGUAAAUUAUUACUCCAGUUUUGUAUUUAUUUCGGUAUCGUUAUCUUUCAAAUACAUCCAAAUAUUUUACAAAUAUUUACGUAAGCAUGUUAAAAUUUUUUUAUUCGCUUCGUUUAUUUUUUUACAGAUUUUUUUUUAUUAUUGUUUUAUUUGAAACGGAUAUAAAAAUUAAUAUGGGUUGUUCAACGAGCGCGACAUCCGGCAAAGGCAGCGGAACUCGUUUAAUCGCAACAAAGCUUACAUUUACGUGUGAGCAAUUGGAAAAUCUCAAUGGUUUUUUUCGUAAAACAGUCGAAUCUGCUAUUAAUGAUAAAGAUAUGAAAAAAAUAGAAGCAACUGUUGAGAGAUUAAUGCAACGUCUGUUAACAACAGUAGGAAACUUAGAUCCCAGAUUUUCUUCAAUGUUUUUGGUAUCUUUGAAUGAAAAUCGUCGAGUCAAGCAAUUGAAAUUCGAGUAUUUACUUCGUAUUGAUGCACUCUCAAGUCCAUCGAUCGACCCUAACAUGAAUACAGCAACAGUAGUAAGUGUAGAAGAAGAUGCAGCUCUACCAGGAUUUGCAAGACUUGGUAUUCGUGGAGUAGACAUUGAAUCGUGGGUUGAGUUUCUCGGUCCUGGUGGAAGAUUGAGGAGAGAUCUCGUGAAAGCCAAACUCGUAAACUUAUUGGCAGCUGCUACAAAACAAGAAACAAUCAAUAUGAAUGAACGAACAUGCCAAUCGCCUGGACAAAUAGUCGAUGCAGAAACACUUGAUAAAAUUCUCAAACAACCUGAUCACUGUCGUAUAUUUUACGGACCUGCUGCUGCGGAAAAAGAGCCGUUGCCGGGAGAUUAUCGUAUAGUUUUGGUGGAAGAUGCUUCUGGAAUACUCAUACGCAUCGGUUUUAAUGCUUUCAAAACACGUGAUGUUGAAGUAAGAUUACUUAUUGGUGUCGGUGUAUCAUUGUGGUCAUCAUUAGCUGAUUAUCCAGGUCGUGUUCCAUUGUAUCAUUGCGAUGCUCUGCUUCAUUAUACUGCUGCUCAGAGUGGGAUGUACGCAGUGGCAGUGGGUCCUUAUCCCAGUGCUCGUUGUGAGGAUCGUGCAACACUUUGGCGUCUUCGUGCUCCAGCUGCCGAGACAAUCAUGAGUCAGCAUUAUUCAGACGAAAGUGUACCAACGUUGACGGAAUCUGUGCUCAUGUAUAUAUUAGAUCAACUACGUGGGAGAUUACCAUUAAAUUUAUCCAUGAAACAAAAAGACACACUGAGAGUGGUAACACGUCACAUUGUACGUACGAUACACUGGUGGUCACUGGAGAGAGCAGGACCAGAUCCUCUAAGGGGUUGGUCUCCUGACAGUCUCUCACGUCACGUUUUACUGGCACUCGACGAAUUGGUCACUGCCCUCAGGUGUCAGAGUUUGCGGUGUUACUUUCAUCCACGUUGCAACGUGAUGUUGCAGUGUGCCAAAGGAGGAAUUCUUCACCAUGAAGAUUCUUAUGUCUCAGAUGCACGUCUUUUGGAAUUGUAUCUACUUACCCUUCACCAGUACUCGUUGAACUUGACUUCAGUAGAUCCUCGACCAAGUGACAUUCUUGAGAGUGAACUGAUUGUGCGCUGGCGCCACGUAAUGGCCUCUUUACCUCGUGGAACUAUGGGAGGACACUAUGGUUACAGUACCCGACAAUUGACGUACUUAGGACUUGUUAUAAACCAAGUUCUCAAAGUAAAAGAACUCGCAAUGCAGAAUCUGUUGAAUGAGUGUUCAUUUUUGAAUUUGUCACUGAGAACCGAUGCGAGAUCCAGCCCGAUUGAAAAUUUAGUUUAUUUACUAACAUUAGUACUGAAGCAAGCAAAGGAUCAGAUCUACGCGAUAAUAGAUCGCCAGCAAAAACAUAUGAACUCUAGUAAUAAAAAUAAUUCACCAUACAUAUCAUCGAAAAUGAAGAAGCAGUAUCACACAACGUACAAUUAUUUCGAGCAUUCGGUGGAUAUAUUAAUUGACAUAGUUCGCCGUGAUCGUGAGACGGCAUAUACUGAUCUGGAGAAUGACGUAAUAAUGUCAAAGAGUCUCUUGAGAUGGCUGUACUUUGGAAUGGAAUACGACAAGAAAGUCCUCGGGCAUAUUCUCCGACCAUAUCUGGGUAAUCUCUUCAACUCGUCUCACGAGAAUGCCUGGCACGUGGAAUCCUGGCGCAAGCGACAAGACAUUUACAAUACUGAAAUGCGAUCAUUGUCUCUCUUUUGUAAACUAGUAACAACUCAAGAGGUAUCACCGGCCAAUGGUAUUGUUGAAUCCUUGUCCAAAGGCUGGUCUUGGGCAGAGCAGACAAUCAACAUGAUUGAACGAUCUCCAGCAGAACAUGGUUUGAGACUAGUAUUCAUUACACCUGAACAAGUUAUGAAGUACAGUUUGACAUUUACCAACAAUCGAGGACUAAGUGCUUUUUCAAGUUGGAGCAAAGCACGUAAUAUUGGUAAUGCUACAAGACGAGCUACUAUUGCAAGAACCACUAUGAUUACGGCUACUGACUCUUUACCUAAGGUCCCAAAUCUUCAUCUUGAUAAAAUCAAUAAAGAUCAUGCCAGUCAUGUUGAUCUGCGAGACUCGAGUCCCUUGACGUACGUCGUCUCGAUAAAUCGUCGACGGGGUCGACAACGAGGCCCUGGAGGACUAAUACCAGCUCUUGUAACUCUCAAUAAAUUUCGGAUACUUCAAGAGGCUGCGGCUGUAUUACCUCAUGAAGAGAGAAUCGCAAUGCUGGAUGUAGUUCAAAGGGUAUCUAGGGAGGCGUCCCGACGUCUGCGAAGAACUAGCUGUCCAGAUCUGAGUGCUUCAAACGGCCCGAAGCAAACGUAUACGCCCAGAUCGGACGUUGAAUUAAUGGAAACGUCAUUAUCACGUUUAUCACCGAACUCUCGUCAGCGCGGAAUAAUAGAUGAACAUCAAAAGCAAUUGCAUCGGGAAAUAAUGGAGAUACAUGAUACAUUAACGCGUGGAUUGAGACCGAGAAAUUGUAUUCCAGCAGCAUGGGAUUCAACUUCAAUGCUCACUUGGACAUCAUCUACUCGGUCAGCCGGCAAAAAUAGAUUGAGGAGAAAUCGAAAUCCUGUUUGGGAUACGAUCAGAGAGCCCUGAAGAAGUCAGGAAUUACUGACGAAACGUUGGCGAUGAAAUAAAAAAUAGUCUACAAGAAAUUGAGUCCUUAUUUCCCACUAAGAAUGAAAGUAUCAAUAAAACUUUGAUAUCAAUGUAAAUGAUAGGGAAAAAAAAUGCUGAGUAACUAAUGUGAUCAUGUGGAUUUAAGUUGUAACACUAUGUGAAUCGUUUAUUUGAGAAACCCCAUAAGUCAUGUUGUUUACGAAAUUGGAUUUUUUUGCAUUUUUGGGUUCUUUGGAUGUCCCUCCAUAGAAAUUAAUCAAUAUAUGCAUCAAUUCAACGUUUAAAAAAAAAAUUAACGGGUUACAGCAAUUUAAUUUAAUUGAGAAACCCCAUAAGUCAAUGACUCAAAUAAAUAUAUGCAGUGUUAGUUUUACAGAAAUAAUUUUUUUUUUUUUUUAUUUAAAAUUCGCGCUUUUUUGGGAAAUUAAUUUCAAAUGUUGUUUUAUUGUUGACUGUUAUAUGACUAAUUAAAAUGUUUGAAUUUAUUAUAAUUUUUUGUAAUUUCUGAGUUUCAGAGUUCAAAUACAUAUUUAAUACUUCAUUUUAUCAGUGUAAUAAAUGAUUUGAGUGGAAACAUUUAAAAAAACAAUGAUUUUAUAACUUUUUUUUCCGUUUGGUUGAGAAACCCCAUAAGUCAAUCAACAUUAAAUAAUUUUUAACUUCCCGCUAAGAAAAUCGACGAUUUUCGAAAAAAAAAAGAGCUCGAGGAGCUCGAAAACAGCGGGAAGUUUUGGGGCUGGCCCGCAGGAUCAACCGAUAGACAGAUUUUUUAACUUAAAUCUAAGUAAAAUGUAUUUAAAUCGACGCAAUUCUGACUUGAAUGUGACUUUUUUUUUGUCUUAAAUCGAUCCUAACUAAGCCACAAAAAGUCCAA